UAUUUAUGCAAAAUCAGUGUGGGCUUUUAGGCCUUGUAACCAAUCUUUGUUUUGUUCGAUAUAUUAUACUUGUGGGAGAGAAAAACUAGUCCUCGUUUCACCUAAAUAGUAAUAAUGUCUCAGAUCUGCCGCCUCAAUCUUCUUGGUCGGCGUUUCUUCGCCGCCAUGCCAAGCAGACCGAAGGAGAUAAUGUCAAACCCAGAUUGCCGUCCCGCGCAGCUAUGCUUGAGAGUCACGUACUUGAUCAGAUUCGUUGGUGAUCUCGACACGGCGGCGAAGUACGCUCGUUUGGCUGUUUUCAGCAGCAUCAAAUCGGAGGCCACAGCAGCAACAUGUCAAGCCAUCAUCGGAGGCAUGUUGCAGAAUAAAAGGCACGAUGACGCUUACGAUCUCUACGAUUUCUUCUUCAAUCACUUUAAGCUCAGACCCAACAGCCAUUGCUGUAACUACAUCAUCGAAUCUCGUUUCAAACAAGGUUUAGUUGACGAAGCUCUCGGUUUCCACCACCGAUCCAUCGAAUCUGGUAUGGUCCACGACUACCCAAGCCAGGAUACUUUCAGGGUCUUGACUAAAUGGUUAGUCCACGCCGGUCGAAUGGACCAAGCGGAAGCCUUGCUUAGAGACAGGACAGUCGGUAGGACCACCUACCCAGAUCACGUGGCGUACAAGAAUCUGAUUCGCGGGUUUUUGGAUCUUGGGGAUUUAGACAAGGCGGAUCUAGUCUUGGCCGAAUUCAAACGUUUGUUUUCUAUUGCCCUAUCCGAGACCAAAGAUGAUUCAAACUAUGAAAACAGAGUCGCAUUUCUGAUGGCCACGUUCAUGGAGUACUGGUUUAAGCAAGGUAAAGAGGUGGAAGCUAUGGAGUGUUACAACCUUUGUGUUAUAGCAAACAAGUUACCGGUUUGCACAGAAACUGGCAACGCCCUUUUGAAUGUCCUGCUCAAAUACGGUGAGAAAAAACAUGCUUGGGCUUUGUACCAUGAACUCUUAGAUAAAGGUAGAACAGACCCUGAUACCAUUAAGAUAAUGAUAGACGAGUGUUUUGAUAUGGGUCGAUUUAGCGAGGCUUGGGAGACCUACACCAAGGCUAGUGCCAAGAACCACUUCCUCAGUGACAGAUACAAUAUUACAAAGUGUUGCCGACACGGAUCACAGUCUUUCUUCUUUGCUGUGUUUAGUGCUAAUCACCUUAUUACAAGGUUUUGCCAAAACGGGAUGUUAUCAGAAGCACAGUUAGUCUUUUACGAUUCACUUGAAGAUGAUUUAGGCUACAUUGAUGUUAACAUUUUUAAAACACUGAUUGAUGCUUUUGUCAAGGAUGGGUUCCCCGAUGAUGCUAUCAAAAUCUCCAACAAGAUGAUCGAUUCAACUCUAAAGGAGGCUUGGACUUGGUGCUAAAGUGUCACGACUCACAACAAACAUAGUGUAGACCCUCAGAUGACCCUCUCGAUCAGAAAAUACAAGCCAAGCUUGAUGCAGGGAGAAGAAAAUAUGCAAGAUCGGUUGCAGAAUCCGCUGGUUCUAGUAUGAACGCCGGUGAUGACAGUGAGGAUGAUGAUGAAUCAGAAAGCAAAAGCCAAGCAUUCGGCAAGAAAAAGAAAAAUACAAGUACGCCUCAUUAGAGUCUGUGAUGUAUUUGUUGGCAAAGAGCUAAAACGCAUAAUUGUAGUUCUAUUGGAACAUGGUGCUUGGUAAAUGCAUCAUCUUUGUCUUAUUUAAGUUCAAA